ACAGAAAGUUGAUCUCAGAUCAAAAAAAUUGCGCCAUCAGCUUCAUCAUCCAGCUUCUGAAGUUUCAUUCCUCUGUUCCUUCAGGAUUAUGGAUGAGAAAGACCACGAUCUUGGAGCCUUUGAUCCAGGGAUUCCUGAGGAGGGCCCUUCAGUGCCACCUGCAGGUUGGUUGGACAGUGUGACAGGCUAUGAAGACCAUAAAGGUGAAGAUUGCACAGAUCAGAUCUACCCUCCUCCACCUGACUUCAUCCCUGAGCCUGAGAAUGACAGGAACGCCUCCAUCCCCAAUGUGAUGGUGCCUCGGGUGUCCGAAGAUGUGGCCAGGGAGGCUUUACUCAAGUUUGUGGGGAAAAAAUGGACAUACAGCAGCAAACCUGCCCAGAACCUAGUCUUCAAGGAUUUGAGACCUUUUACAGUGUAUCGUUAUCGCUUGGAAACAUUUACAGAGUCAAGAUCAAGUGCUUGGGAGCAUGAGAUAUAUACUGGUCAGUAUGUGGACGGGCCGCAGUAUGGCAUCAUCCCUCCUCCGUGGCAGGUAGAAGUGCAAUAUCCACCCAAAUUCACUGACACAGUCCAGAAAGUGCGUGUGCCUCACACCUCAUCUGUAAAGGCUUGUCAUCAGUGCCAGGGGAAAGGACGUGUGCGCUGUACACACUGUCAUAGCAGAGGAUGGAUCAGCUGUAUGUCUUGUCAUGGUGCUGUACACGGCCGGAACAGAAAAUGUGUUGGCUGCCGUGGAAGGGGAAGAAAAGUAUGUACGUGGUGCCAUGGUAGCGGUCAUAAAACAUGCCGCAAGUGUAACGGCCGUAGAAAGCUUUUGCAUUUCAUUCAGCUCACUGUUACGUGGAAGAACCAAGUGUAUGAGUUCAUACCCGACCGGCUGCCUGAGUUCCCUGUAAAGAAGUUUGAGAAGGUGUCUGGGGAAGCAUUCUUCGUUGAUGAAAGUCUCCUGGUCUAUCCAAUUGUAGGCUUCCCAGACAAAGAGAUUUGCAAUGCCUCUGAAGAAGCCAUCCAUGAGCACCUGACUAAAUACUCUGCUGUCAGUCACAUAUUACAGCAGCGACAGUCAGUAGAGCUGGUGCCUCUCACUCAAGCCUUCUAUUCCUACAAUGGGAAACAUUAUGACUAUUUCGUUUACGGGACUGAAAAGAAGGUUCACACCACGAAAUAUCCGACUUCCUGCACUGUCCUGUAGCAUUUCAUCGUAUAACAUUAUCAAUGCAAUGUGAACAAAAAUUAUGGUCUUUUUUUAUUAUUAUUAUUUUUUAUUUUUUUUAUUGUUCAGUCCUGGCGGCUGAGCAAUGCAUUACCGAGGUCAUAAUAUAAUGCUUCUGAAGCUUCUUUGUUGUACAUCACCAGAUUAUCCUGUGUAUAAUAGCAAUAAUAUGUGCCAAUGGAACAGUUUGUUCAUUACAAGGAUUAUAAUUAACGUAUGAAUGAAUGUUUAAACAUUUCUUAUUGUAUAGUCCAGGCUUAUGUUUAAGUUAUUCCACAAAAUCGACUCGUACAUGAGCUGAUAGCCGACGAGCUGCAUAGAUUGAGUGGAAUAACUCUUAUUCUAUCCACAUUCACUGAAUUUUGAGAAAAGGAGCAUUUUUUUAUUUUUAUUUUUUGCAAAUUCGAUAAAUAAAAACUUGAUACAAAAAGUCCAACAAAAUCAUUUCCAAUUUGUGAAAAAUGCUAUCGUAAUAAUUCUUGAAAAAUAAAAAAAAAGAUACGUUCUUACGAUCAAAUACUUUUAUUCUAUAUUUUGUUGCUUUUUUGUAUUUUUUCGAGUAGAGUUUUUAUUUCGUCCUCUGUUGGUUCCGCAGCACGCUCUGCCGUUUUGUUUUUCUCUACUCGUGGUAUAUGAGCGGAUAGCCUAGUAGUAGAGCAGCCAAUCAGAGCGCGUGAUUGCUUAUAUCCAGUGAAUGUAGAUAGAAUAAUACACAAUCUGUGAAUGUUGAGAAUUUUUAUUGGUAUUAUAAAGUAAUUCAGUCUUAUACCAAUCGUUAUAUAUACAGUACACUUUUUAUUUUAAAAGUCAACUGUUUUGAAUUUUACUAAAAAUAUUUAUAUACCCAUGUGUAACAGGGCUCAGAAUUGAAAUAAAUGCCACACUGUAUGGACUUUA